AUGGGACGGAGGCAACGGGAGGCGAUUGCUGUGUCUAUGAUCGGUUCGGCGUCACGCGCCUCGCGCUGGCAUCGCCAGGCGCUGCUGGCCAUCGUGCGCACCGCCGAGGAAGCGGACGCGGGCGCUGCCGCCCACGUGGCCACGCUCUUGGCGGUGAACUGCGGCGGCGCGCCCCUCGCGAUUGACCUCAUUGCGCGCUUCUCGCGCACUUUACCCGGCGUAGGCGUUACCCAGGUUUUUAGUUUGACACAGCCAUCAUGUGCAAUUUUGAAUUUUGAGUCUUAUGUCGAGACAACAUCUUUGUCACAUCAACACACCAGAACUAAACAUUGGAAGCCAAAACUCCUUUCUUCCGAGAAGAAAACACUAGCUAUUCUAGGAGACAAGAGUAUUGACAGUGAGGACCCCUUGGAGCAUGUAAUUGACGGAACAUCUAGCGAGGAGGAAGAUGCUACUCAAAACCACUUGAGUUUGGUGAACAAAGAUGAGAACCAGCAAACUAUGGCUGACCUAUUCCAAGAAGUUUUCAAUCCAACAAACAUGGAUGGUGGCAUGAAUUCAAUGAGAUCAACAGGAGCUGGUAACUAUGGAAGAAUGCAACAGAUUAUGCAGAUGGAGGAAGAUUGGCAUGCGGAGUUCUUGAGACGGUAUAGCAGAGAGCAAGGUUAUUCAGGUGGUGCUGUUAGUAGCAGUCAGUAG